GCCUGGUCCGCCCCGCGCCCCCAUGGCCGGGAAGGCGCUGUCGCUGCUGCCGCCGCUGCUGCUGGCCGCGGCGGGCCUCGCCGGCCUCCUGCUGCUGUGUGUCCCCACCCGCGACAUCCGGGAGCCGCCCGCCCUCAAGUAUGGCAUCGUCCUGGACGCCGGCUCUUCCCACACAUCCAUGUUCAUCUACAAGUGGCCAGCAGACAAAGAGAACGACACAGGCAUCGUGGGCCAGCACAGCUCCUGUGACGUGCGUGGUGGGGGCAUCUCUAGCUAUGCUGACAGCCCUUCCAGGGCUGGGCAGAGUCUUGUGGAAUGCCUGAACCAGGCGCUUCGGGAUGUGCCCAAGGAGCGACACGCGGGCACGCCCCUCUACCUGGGAGCCACGGCGGGCAUGCGCCUGCUCAACCUAACCAGUCCAGAGGCUUCGGCCAACGUGCUCGCGGCCGCGACGCAGACGCUGACCCAGUAUCCCUUUGACUUCCGUGGUGCCCGCAUCCUCUCGGCCCAGGAUGAGGGGGUGUUUGGCUGGGUGACCGCAAACUACCUGCUGGAGAACUUUAUCAAGUACGGCUGGGUGGGCCAGUGGUUCCGGCCAAAGAAGGGGACGCUGGGGGCCAUGGACCUGGGGGGCGCCUCCACACAGAUCACCUUCGAGACGGCCAGCCCAGCUGAGGAUCCGGCCAGUGAGGUCCAGCUGCGGCUCUACGGCCAGCACUACCGCGUCUACACCCACAGCUUCCUCUGCUAUGGCCGUGACCAGGUCCUCCGGAGGCUGCUGGCCAGUGCACUCCAGACCCACGGCUUCCACCCCUGCUGGCCGAAGGGCUACUCCACUCACGUGCUGCUCCAGGAUGUGUAUGAGUCGCCGUGCACUGCAGCCCAGCGGCCCCAGACCUUCAACAGAAGCACCAAGGUCAGCCUGUCGGGGAGCAGCGACCCUGCCCUGUGCCGUGGCCUCAUCUCUGAGCUCUUUAACUUCUCCUCCUGCCGCUUCUCUAGAUGCUCCUUCAACGGCAUCUUCCAGCCCCCUCUGGCUGGAAAGUUCAUUGCCUUCUCUGCUUUCUUCUACACGGUGGACUUCCUGAGAACUGUGAUGGGGCUGCCCGUGGCAACCCUGCAGCAACUAGAGGCGGCCGUGGUCACCAUCUGCAACCAGACGUGGAGUGAGCUGCAGGCUCGGGCGCCGGGGGAGCGGGCCCGCCUGCCCGACUACUGCGCUGGGGCCACAUUCGUGCAGCAGCUGCUGCGCCGCGGCUACGGCUUCGACGAGCGCGCCUUCGGAGGCGUGACCUUCCAGAAGAAGGCCGGGGACACCGCGGUCGGCUGGGCGCUUGGCUACAUGCUGAACCUGACCAACCUGAUCCCCGCCGACCCGCCCGGGCUGCGCAAGGGCACAGACUUCAGCUCUUGGGUCGUCCUCCUCCUGCUCUUCGCCGCCAUGCCCCUGGCUGCGUUCGUACUUCUGCUGCACCGGGCGCGCUCUGCCGAGUCGCCGAGCGCCAUCUAGGGGCGGGUUGGGCUGCCCCAGCCCCAAGUCCCCCAUGCCUCACCCCACCCUACUCUCCACAUCUCUGUCCCUAAUGAAGCCCGGGAGCAAGACUCUAGCGCCCACGCCCACGUUUGGCCCGGAGAGGUGAAGGGAACCGAAUCCAGCCCCCGCCUGCCCACUCCAGCCUCGGCUUCAUCUCAAGGCCUAGCGCUCCUCCUCCGCUUCCUGGGGGUGGAGAUUCAGACACCCCGCAGCCCUCAGCCUGUGAAUCCAGGGUUGGGUCUCCAGGGAAUGGAGUCCUGCGAGUCCCCUCCCACCCCCAGUCUUGGGUUGUAGGGGGAGGGUCA